AAAGCGUCGGGUGGCGAGCGGCGAGCACUACACAGCCGGCGUUAGUCCCCUUGCGCGCUCCGCACAAUAACGCGUGUGUCACCACCAGUUCCUCGCAACAAACCGAGCUUCAUCCGCCCGUGUCAGUGUCGCGCGAAAUAUUUAAAUAUCGCGAAUGUUCUAGUGAUUUGUAAAAUAAGCUUCCAAGACCACGGCGGUGGUGGGCUGCCUGAAAAAAACACGUGACUUCUCCACGAAGAGCUGUUCGAUUCCUCCUCUCAUCCUCAGCGACAAGGUCAAACGGGGAGGUGCGGCUACAUUAGAGGCGGGUGAUGGGCGGCGGCGCGAUGAGCUAGCGGAAUGGCGGGCGAGGGGGCGGGCCGCGGCGCGCGCUGCCACGUGGGCGACUCGCCCCCGCGCGCGCCCGUGGGCUAUGCAACGCCCGGACACGCGCACGAUGCCCUGCUCGAGCGCGCCGUGCCGCCGGCAGCCGCGCCCGCGCCACCGCCGCCGCCCGCGCUCGCAGCCGCCGCGCUGCAGCGGGCGCACUCCAGGUCGAUGUCGUCAUUACCGCCCGAGCCGUUCAUGAUGCUGCGCGCAAAGGCGCUCAGCAAGCGCGUCAUCAUCAACGUGGGCGGCGUGCGACACGAGGUUAUGUGGAGCACGUUGGAGCGGCUGCCGCACACGCGCCUCGGCCGCCUGCGCGACUGCAACACGCACGAAGCCAUCAUCGAACUAUGCAACGAUUACUCAUUACAAGAUAACGAGUACUUUUUUGAUAGGCAUCCAAAGAGUUUCAGUUCAAUAUUGAACUUCUAUCGGACUGGGAAAUUGCAUUUAGUUGAUGAAAUGUGCGUGUUGGCGUUCAGUGACGACCUGGAGUAUUGGGGCGUGGACGAACUGUACUUGGAGUCGUGUUGUCAGCAUAAGUACCAUCAGAGAAAGGAGCACGUCCACGAGGAGAUGAGGAAGGAAGCGGAGAGCUUACGACAACGGGAGGAAGAGGAGUUCGGCCAGGGAACUUGUGCGCAGUACCAAAAAUGGUUGUGGGAUUUACUUGAAAAGCCAACGACGAGUAUCGCCGCCAGGGUGAUUGCGGUGAUAUCGAUCCUCUUCAUCGUCCUGUCCACAAUAGGGCUAACCCUGAACACGAUACCCCAGAUGCAAGUGUACGACGAGAAGGGCGCGCCCAUGGACAACCCGCAGCUGGCCAUGGUUGAGGCCGUGUGCAUCACUUGGUUCACACUAGAGUACGUGCUACGGUUCAGUGCCUCUCCGGAUAAGUGGAAAUUCUUCAAGGGAGGACUUAACGUGAUAGAUUUACUCGCCAUAUUACCCUAUUUCGUGUCUCUUUUCCUUCUCGAAACGAAUAAAAACGCGACGGACCAGUUCCAAGACGUGCGUCGGGUCGUGCAAAUCUUCCGCAUAAUGCGGAUCCUUCGCAUCCUUAAAUUGGCCCGGCACUCCACCGGGCUGCAGUCGCUCGGCUUCACGCUCAGGAACUCUUACAAGGAGCUCGGGCUGCUCAUGUUGUUCCUCGCGAUGGGAGUGCUUAUAUUUUCGUCGCUGGCGUACUUCGCCGAGAAGGAGGAACCGGGGACUAAAUUCAUUUCCAUUCCGGAAACGUUCUGGUGGGCCGGCAUCACCAUGACCACAGUCGGAUACGGUGACAUUUACCCCACGACCCCGUUGGGCAAGGUCAUCGGCUCAGUUUGCUGUAUCUGCGGCGUGUUGGUAAUUGCGUUACCCAUCCCCAUUAUCGUCAACAAUUUCGCCGAGUUUUACAAGAACCAGAUGCGACGCGAGAAGGCGCUGAAGCGGCGCGAAGCACUGGAGCGCGCCAAGCGCGAGGGCUCCAUCGUCUCCUUCCACCACAUUAACUUGCGGGACGCUUUCGCCAAGAGCAUGGACCUCAUCGACGUCAUCGUGGACACAGGACACAACCUGUCGCAGGCGGACGCCACUAGUCUGGAGGGCGAGGCCCCCGCCACCACGGGCUGUUACCGGCAGUACGAGCACGGCAUCGGCAAGCCGCCGCCGACCGACACUCGCCAGUUUCAGAGCAGCCCUAAUAAGGAGCGCCGGUACUCGACAGAGGGCGCUGGCUCGCCGGAGAAACGAUUGCUCAUUGAGCCCACACCAGAAAAGAAAAUGGCUGACAAACAACUUGACUUGGAUCAGCUGCCUUCUGAGUUUGAAUGUUGUUUUUGCACGUUCAAGGGCUACAAAGAGUUCAUCGACGCGGAGCAGCUGAUGCCGAUGUCGACGUCCGACCUGCGCCAGCCGGUGUGCGUAGAGCUGGCCUGCCUGCAGCGUCACCCCGCGCCGCGCGCGCUUCCCGAAGCCACGCCCAACAGCCUCGACAGCCCCGAUACAUUUGCAUCAUGCCUUACGCACCCUUUUCCUUCAGAGGGCGACAUCGCCUGCGAGAACGACUCGUCAAACUUGUAUGUGAAUCCGCUGGACGGCAGCGGCGGCGGCGGCGCGGGGGGGAACCCGGAGGGGGGGUCGGUGGAGUUUAAUGGAGUGCGCAAAAGCGCGUCUGGAGACGGAAGCGUGUUGUGUGCGAAAGGUUCGCAGGGCGAGGGGUCGCCGCGUGGGUCUGGCGGCAGCCUGGCGGGCGUGGGGGGCCCGGCCGCCCCCCGGCCCCUGGACGCGUCGCGCAUCAGCUUGCCGCAGACGUUAGAGGCGCGCGAGGAGGCACCGCCCGUCGGCCUGCCUGGCCCGGACGACUCCAAGCCCAAACACAGAAAAGCGCGCUUCCAGCAGGAGUGGUCGGAGGAGGAGAGGAGACCGCCCAGGGGCAUAGCAACGAGGAUCAUUAAUCAUCAUAUCUUGUUUGGUAAGAACGGCAACAAGCGCGGCGGUGGCGGGUGGCCGCUGGAGAGCGACUCGCGAUCGCGCUCCAUACUCAAGAACAAGGAGUCGCGCGGCACGGACAGCGAGCUGCUGCUACAAGAGACUACUUCGCUCGGUGCUAAUGGCGAUUCGGGUAGCGAAUCGUCGCCGAUCCGGUUAAAAGACUUCAAGAAUCAAAACCACAAGACUGGCGCGACAGAGAGAAGUAACCUGGUGACAUAGGCUGGUGCAUGAAUGACGCGCCCUCUACCGACCCCCACGUCCCACCAACUCGUCUCAUCUACCGCCGGAAGAGCCAUCCCUUCCAAUUGGAUACAUUAGAUUAAACAUAUUAUAAACUAAACACGUAUAACAAUUAGUGCGCAAUAAUAAAAACAAAAAGAUAAAUAAUAAUUUUACAU